AUGACAACUACUAUGGCAGAUGACUUCGGACUAGUAUUCGUUCGAUUCACGGCAAUCGUUUUCUCUUCAUUUCUUGGCCCUCUUUUCCCCCACCAUUUGCUAUACAGCCGACUAUGUUUACCCUCAGUCUGCUGCCUCGCCUGUCUGCACCAAACGGAUUUUCCAUUAUCUCAGUCCACAUUCAAUAUAAAUUAUCGAAACUCAGCGCUUGACUGUCAUCGCACCUCACAGCCAGCCAACCUGCCCAAUCAAACUCAGCAAUAUCGCCAGUUCCAACAACAAAUUGAAGGUCAUUCUGCGAACCCACAUCAAUUAAAGCACGCUCGUGUGCAUCUGCAACAUCACUGUCACACCCUGGCAAAUGGACAUGGUAUUUUGCCAGACCAAACCAGGAUCCAUCCAGGUCUGACGCAAGCUUCGUACCCUUUACCUGGACUUUGCUGCAUGGACCGCACUAUCUCGCUUCCAUACUGUUCUACAGCCUUCUAUUCUGAGCUUGGAUCCACCAAUAGUCGGCUGUCCGGCUGUCGUCCUGUUUCCGGCUGUCAACACCGGCAAGUCAACAACAAUCGGUCGAACUCAUUUGCCCUCGGGGAGCCAACAGGAUUUCGCAAGCGUCGGAAGAACAGCAGCUUUCAAAUGGUCGGAAUGUGCAACUCCUGGUACGGUGGACAGAGUCAGGUGCGCCGAGGCCUGGCGCCUGAUCGUCUCGGAGUUUGGAUUCCGGUUCCAGCCACUUCAUCUGUCACAGCAACUACGGAGAUGCAUUCCAGGGGUUUUGCUAGUUCAGCUGGUGGAAGCCUUCAAUGUCUGCAUAUGCAGACCUCGGUAUCUCCAACCAUGGGGAAACCAGCCUUGAUGAGCUUCGGUGACCCGAAACGUCUGUCCGCAUUUCGACUGACCGGCCUACAAAACAUUUCGGCCCCGCAGAGUCCUUUGCGUGUGUUGCGGAUCCAGCCAACCAUACCGAGCCUACAACACUGUCUAUCAGAUGCCCCGACUGCACAAUCGACAGAUCCAGAGUGUCUUGCUAGAUAA